AUGACUGGUCAUUUACAUCCCAAUACACUUAACGAUGCCUCUACAGGAACGCCAGGUGUAGUAGCUGGGGAAUUGGCGGCUGAAGAACAGAGUCUUAUUGGCCAUGAAUCUUCGAGUUAUGGAGCCACAAAUCCAGACGACGUUUCUGGCGCUGACGCUGAUGAUGACAAAGACUUUGCCAUGCCCAAGUCUCAGGUAUACAUUGUUGUUUCUAGUUUGUUUAUGGCAGCGUACUUGGCAGCUUUAGAUACUACCGUUGUGACGACGCUCUUGACCGAGAUUGCCUCGGAUUUGAACGCUAUCUCCAGCAUCUCGUGGAUUGCAACGGCAUACCUUUUGUCAUGCUCUGCCUUCCAGCCGUUGUUUGGGAAGUUGUCAGAUAUAUUCGGGAGGAAGGCCCUCUUGUUGUUGUGCUCGUUCUCCUUUGCUAUAGGAUGUUUCAUUUGCUCCACCGACUCGCUAAUUAUGAUCAUUGUUGGAAGAUUUAUCACUGGUAUCGGUGGUGGGGGGUUGACUUCCUUGGGGACCAUCACAAUGAGUGACAUAGUUCCCUUGAGAUCCAGGGGUUUGUACCAGGGAUUGGCUAACGUGUGCUUUGGCUUAGGGGCUGCCUCCGGUGGUGUCUUGGGUGGGUUUGUCGCUGAUAAGUUUGGCUGGAAGAACGUCUUUCUCUUGCAGGUUCCUCUUGCUGUUAUAGUCGGGGUUGCCAUCUACCUCAACUUGAAUUUGCCUGAAGGAUCGCCCGGUUUGGGUGCUCAGGGCGUUGACAUUAAGUCAAAAUUGAAGAGAGUUGAUUUCUUGGGCUCCAGUUUGUUGGUUUCUUCCUUGAUGGGGAUUAUGGCAGCUGCCUCCUUUGGUGGGAACGAAAUUGCCUACCUGCUGGCUACAUUCGUCAUUUUGUGCGCUGUCCUGUUUGCCUUGUUGGGUGGAUUCGUCUAUGUGGAGUUGUACGUUUCUCCAGAGCCUGUUCUUCCUCUAGAGUUGAUGGCUGACAGAACAGUUUUGUCGUCUUCGUUGACCAAUUGGUUCUAUACUAUGGGGGUUUUCACGUACUUGUUCUACAUCCCAAUCUACUACACGUCGGUUAUGGGGUUCACAGCUACUCAGAAUGGCCUUAGAUUGAUUCCAAACUUCUUUGGGGUCCUGUUCGGAUCUGUGGGUGCUGGUAUUUACAUGAAAACUACCGGUCGUUACUACAAGCUAGCGGUUCUUUCUGGUUUCGUAUCUCUCUACGGUGUUUUUAGAAUUUACACCAUUACUCCCUCAAUCUCCUUGUUGGACCAAUUCACUAUGACAAUCCCACCGGGAUUGGGAUACUCUUCAAUUUUGACUAUAACCUUGUUGUCUUUGAUUGCAGCUGUUCCAGCCAAGUACCAGGCAAGCACUACAUCAAUCCAGUAUACAUUUAGAGCAACUGGAUCAACCUUGGGAGUUUCCAUUGCCAGUGCCAUAUUCCAGAGCAUCUUGAAGUCUACGUUGACUUCUAGGAUUUAUCAAAUCGUGAGUGAUCCAAAUGAAGCCAAGGAGAUCAUUUCCAAGGCAUUAGAAAACGCCCAAUACUCGCAUGUUGCACCAAAAUUGGUCCAGCAGGCCAUUAGGGACUCAUACAACGAUGGAUGUAAGGGAGCGUUCGCUUUCACAGCUGCUACUGUAACUAUAGGGUUCUUAUGUUCUCUUUUUAUGAGGGAACAUGUGUUACACACAAGUAUUAACAGAGACUAG